AACAACCAUGGCCUUACUUCCACCGGAUCCGGUGUUUUGUUUGCGUUCGCCGGAUGCUUGUUCGUACUAUUCGCUUUGCUUUCACACUCCGGAGCACUUGUACGCCGGUACCGACAAAGGAACUGUUCAACUGUGGGAGUUACAGACAAAUCGUACGUCAUAUCAACUUAGCGUAGGUUCGUGCCCGAUUCUUUCCCUUGCCCACUCCACCGAUGCCUUGAUUACUCAGGAAAAGGACGGUUCGGUAAAGCUGUGGACACUUGCCGAAGCCGAGUAUCUACUGCGCCACGAAAUCUCCACCGAACACGUUGGAUUCUGCCGUCUGGCACACGACGCACAAUCUAAUACUGUGAUAAUACCCCGUGACCGAGCAGCAAUCAGUGUCCUGUGCGCUAAAACGUUCAGCGAAACGAUGCGAUUUUCUCCAACGGCCGACGAUGAAAAGGCGCUUCCGUACGGCACCGUAAUGUGCUUCCAGCCGAUCGAAAUCCAGAGCCAACGCUAUCUGCUUGCCGGGUACGAGUCAGGAGCGCUCGUACUGUGGGACUAUCGUACCGGCCGUCCGGUCGGUUCAACCUCUCACUACACUACGAAUGAUGCUGAUUGUCUGCAAACGAUCGAUUACGAUCCCGUCACCAACCGAGGUGUAUGCGGUGGUUCGGCGGACAAACUGUUCGUGUUUUCUAUCGACCGUCCGUCACAGCAGCUGGUACCGAAGUGUGAAAUCGGCAUCAAAAAUGCCGGUGUACAUCGGGUCCGCAUCCGCAAGGAUCUGAAGGUGUUUGCCAGUGCCGGAUGGGAUGGAAGGUUGCGAAUUUUCUCAUGGAAAAGCCUUCGACCGUUGGCGGUACUUACCGAGCACAAGGCGGAACUGUUGGAUGUUGCGUACUCCGAAGCGAAAGUCACCAUGUGGAACGCGCCGGUAAUGGCUGCCGCCGGAAAAGACGGACAAAUUUCACUGUGGGAUUUGUACAAAUGAAAA